CCAGACCAGACCAGGUUGAGCCCAGUUACGGACUCCCUCCCUCUCCCCCUCCCCACCCAGCCUAGCAGGCUGCAUCCACCAGCACUCUGCGAUCGUCUCCCUCAGCAGUAAUUUAUUGUGCUGAUCAGACAACCUCACACCACUGGGACCGGACAGGAGACCCAGAGGUUCCCCCCGCUGGAGCUUUAAGCUGUGCCUGGCAAUGCCUCAGCCCAGCGUCAGUGGGAUGGAGCCUCCCUUUGGGGACGCCUUUCAGAACUACUCAUUUGCUGACCAGGCCCUGACCAGCACUGAGCUGCUUGCCACCAGCUCUGACCCAGAUUUCAUGUACGAAUUGGACAGAGACAUGACCCACCGGCAGAGCCCCUGUGGGGACAGCGUGGUGGGGGUCGGGGACGGAGGAAAGGAGGUGGAGGGCUGUGUGGAUCAGCUCAUGGGUUUAGGCGAGUGUGAGACAGUCUACAGCAGCUCAGCGUUUGAACAGUGGGACACCUACUGGGAAGACCUCACCAGAUACACACGGCUGGCCAGCUGUGACAUCUGGGGCACCAAAGAGGUGGAUUUCCUUGGAUUGGAUGACUUCUCUAGUCCCUACCAGGAUGAGGAAGUGAUUAGUCGAACCCCGACACUGGCUCAACUCAACAGUGAGGAUUCACAGCCUGUGUGUGAGGCGCUCUACCCCCCUGCUGACCUGACCCUGCCUGCCCCCCAGCCUCAGCCUCAGUCCUCCCAGUUUCCCUGUCACAGUAAGAGACCCCUGGUCCCCGGCCAAGGAUUUGGCCCCGGCUCUGCACGGCCUUCCCCGAGCUCCACGUCCUCAUCUCGUCCAUCCCACAGUCUUCUCCCAGACUUCCCUGAAAGCUCCCAAAAAGCCACCAGGCCUGUCCCCUCCAGCACUGAGACUAUGGCUAAGACCCAGAACCACCUCAGUCUCACCCAGGACCAUGGCCAAGCUCAAAGCAAGUCCCAGGGGCGAGGAACCAAGAUGGUAGCCCCAACUUCCCAUGGCUCUGACUUUGUGCGGAAGGCUAAAGUCCGUGUGAGUGCUGUGCAUAAAGCUCAACCCGACAUACCCUCCCAGACAGAUUUUGAGAGGCCAGAUCCACCUCUACCUCUCUCCCAGCCCCAAGAUGAAAAGGCUUCCACUUCAGCUAGCGCCACCUUGGUGGGACUUCCUGGCGCUGCUGCCAGUGGCUCCGGCAGCCUGACGAGCUUUGAGAGGAGGGCCGAGGGGACGGGGAGGAGAGAGAUGCCUAUAGGCUGGCCGUCUGCCACCGUGCCUCAACUAGUGGAGGCGAGCCAAGCCCUGGAGGGCAGCACCUCUGGGCUGGUGAACAGCGGCGAUAGUGUGGCAGGGGCAAGCGGUGGCGUUCUGGUUGUUGAGGGCACGGAGAAGAGCAAGGAGGAGGAACACAACUACUCUCUGUUCCUGACCCGCAGCAGACUGGCCAGCAGAGCCCACUCCCAGCUGGAGGAGGAUGAGGAAGAGGAGGACGAGGAAGAGGUGGAGGAGGAGGAAGGCGACGGACUGGAGCUAGAUGACGAAGACCACGAUGAGGGUUUUGGCAGCGAGCACGAGUUGUCUGAGAAUGAGGAGGAGGAAGAAGAGGAGGAGGAUGAAGACUACGAAGCAGACAAGGAUGAUGACAUGAGCGACGCCUUCUCUGAGCCAGGCUGUGACAUGGAGCUGAUGGAGGAUAUUAAAGGCCUGACAGCAGGAGUCUCCAGCCGGAAGAGAGGCAAGCGCCGCUACUUCUGGGAGUACAGCGAGCAGCUCACCCCCUCUAAACAGGAACGUAUGCUUAAGCCGUCUGAGUGGGACAGACACACGCUGCCUAGCAACCUGUACCAGAAGAACGGGCCUCUCCAUGGAAAGUACAUGCUGAAGAAGUCACGUCGCACGGAUGUGGAGGAUCUGACUCCCAAUCCGCGCAAGCUGCUUCAGAUCGGCACCGAGCUCCGCAAACUGAACAAGGUGAUCAGCGACUUGACACCGGUCAGCGAGCUGCCGCUGACCGCACGACCCCGGUCCCGCAAGGAGAAGAACAAGCUGGCGUCCAGAGCUUGUCGUUUAAAAAAGAAGGCCCAGUAUGAAGCAAACAAGGUGAAGCUCUGGGGACUCAGCACAGAGUACGAUCGGCUGCUGUUUGUGAUCAAUGCCAUCAAGGAGGAGAUCGUGGUGCGAGUUGAGGACUCUUCUCCGCGUCCAACCAACAUGACUGACACUCUGGAGCGGCUCAUCCAGGAAACACUUGUGGCAUCACCAGUUGCCGGGCAGACAUCCGACUUUGUCAACAAGAUCUUGGAGAACACAGGACGCGGCGAUCCCACCGGUGGACUGGUCGGCCUGCGAGUCCCCACCUCCAAAAUCUAGACAAACCGCGGUCCACUGAGAGGAGUGGACUAAACAUUACCACCGUGCUGUCCCAUUGUAACUAUGCUCCCCUCUGCAUGCCCCUCCAACCCCGAGCACAUACACAUUGUUAGUCACACAAACACACAUACCACUCCCUGUGUGUAUGUAUGUGUGCUUGUUUAUAGCCAUGCACCUGUAGGGCAUACACCCUAGCUUCCUGUCUCUGCACAGUGUGCAGAGACAGUGCGUCACUGUCUCCCAACCCAUCGUGAGCAUCUGUUGGGAAAUGCGCCUCUAAAAGCAAGUGAUGGUUAGGUGUAUAGAUAAUAGCACGUCCUAAAUCCAAUGGUGAUUUUUAGAAAUGUUUAACAUAGUAUUGUGUUGGGUCAGUUCGGUUGGAGGUCUGCUUCCUGGGCUGAGACAGAGACAGUCACACGAGUGCAACCACUGGAAUACUUUCACACAAUUUGUUUGAGGUUGUGAUGACAGAGGAAGAACUGUUACACGUCGGACACCAUCAGAGGUUCCAGUUAUCAUUUCCUAGAAGAGAUUCACCUCACAUGGCAACAAAAGAUUAACUCCAGGAUGUUAAAUUGACCCGCUGAGUAAAGCACUUCGAUGGAAACGACUUUGUUUGCCAAGACAGCUGCGGAGAGAAAAAAAAAAGCAGCGUUCUCCGAGGCGUUAUGGGGUGGCAGGAAAUAUUUUGUAUUGAAGGCCUAAAUAUAUUCAUGCCAUCCCCCGUUUGCCAAUCAGCUCUGCUAUUCUUAAAAUGUAGGAGUUAACAAAAAGCAAAUUAAUGCUCUAAACAUAAAAGCAGUAGAAGCUGAAAGUUAAGAUUUCAAAGAUCCUGCUGGGUUGAAGUUUGUGGCAGGCAGGACGAAGCUUAAUGGCUGAUUUUGACAACGUUGACUUAUACAACAGGAGGUAGUUGACCAUGUGGAGAGGAAGCGCGUGUGGUUUGGUGCUUUUUGGCCUUGUGCUGGAUAUAACUGGACUGGGUGAAACAGGCACUUUGCCAGUUUGGGAGCAGACUGUGAGGAAGAUUAUGGUGGUGAUGAAGAAAACACGAACAGUGAUCCAUCUCCUCUAGGAAUCUGUACAUAGAAGUGUCUCCCAGUGAAAAACGGCACCGGCUCCCCUUUUUGUACAGUAGAGAUGACCAGGCUAACAGUUUGGUGUGUUCAUACUAGUGUUUGAUCAGAGUUCUAUUCAUUGUGCCUUGUUUAUGUAUGUGUGUGUUUCUGUAAGUCUGAGUGAGUGUGUGUGUGUGUGUG